AUGUCGCAUCAAGGGCACACUAGGGAGCCAGGAGAGGCUCGUGAGGCCGAGAACAGAGGCAACGCGGUCAUCCGAGACAUAGGCAUGAUCUCCGGAGGUCCUACUGACAGAGAUUCAGGUCGGGCGCGCAAGUCUCAUGAGCGCCGGCUGGAGAUUCAUGCUGUAGGGUGUAGCCAGGAGCAAGCUGCUGGUCCAGUCAUCAGCUUCAGACCGCAGGACCUGGAAGGACUAGAUCUGCCCCAUGAUGAUGCUCUCAUCAUCAAAGCCAUUAUAGCCAAUAGCCGAGUGGCCAGAGUCUUCGUGGAUACUGGUAGCUCUGCGGCGGUUUCUACAUUUCAUCAGAAGAUCAAAUUCCCGGUCGGCGAUCAAGUCGGGGAAGUUAGGGGAGAACAACGGGUCUCUGAGAGAUGCUACAUUGACAUGAUCAAAGUAGAAGCUCGCAAAGCACAGAGGACUCAGGAUGGGGCUGUGCACGCCAUCCAAGAAGAGCCCCUGCCCAUAGCUGAAGAACCCAUUACCUGGGAGGAAGUCCAGCUAUAUCCUGAACAUCCAGAGAGGGUCAAGCCUGAAGUGGCGGAGCACAAGUUGCAUCUCCUGCCUGAUGCCCAACUUGUAAAGCAAAAGAAGAGAAAUUUUUCGGAUGACCAAAAUAAAAUUAUCAAAGCUGAAGUGGACCAGCUCAGGAAAGUAGGGCAUGUUCGAGAAGUACAAUUCCCGUCCUGUCUUUCCAAUGUGGUCUUAGUAGCCAAGCCUAAUAAUAAAUGGAGGGUCUGCAUAGACUUCCGGGAUCUCAACAAAGCCAUCCCUAAAGAUUGCUAUCCCCUGCCUAGAAUUGAUCAGCUGGUGGACUCAACUGCUGGCUACGAAAGAAUCUACAUACUGGAUGCUUAUCAGGGGUACCAUCAAAUCCCCCUGGCCGUGGAAGACCAAGAGAAGGCCAGUUUCAUUACGGCUGAUGGUACUUUCUGCUACACCGUCAUGGCUUUUGGGCUCAGGAAUGCCGGAGCUACUUAUCAGAGGAUGAUGGACAAGAUCUUCCGGGAGCAGGCCAGGCGCAAUGUGGAAGUUUAUAUAGAUGACAUACUCAUCAAAUCUCCCUUAGCUGCAAAUCUGAUAACCGAUGUAGAAAAGACCUGCGACACCCUGCAACAGUAUGGGUUGAAGUUAAAUCCCUUGAAAUGCCUAUUUGAAGCUAAGGGAGGGAAGUUCUUCGGCUAUCUCGUCACUGAGCGAGGAAUCGAAGUCAACCCAGAAAAGGUCCGAGCACUCUGGGAUAUGAAGGCUCCCCAGAGUUUGAAGAAUGCCCAGAAGCUGGUCGACAGGAUAACAACCCUAACCCGUUUUAUCUCCAAGUCAGCAGACAAAGUGGCGCCCUUCUUCAAAGUUCUCCGAAAAGCUUCUAAGUUCCAAUGGGAUGAAGAAUACACACGGGCCUUUGAAGAGUUAAAGAAGUAUUUGGAGACCUUGCCCUCUUUAUUCAAGCUUGUCACUGGAGAACCAAUCUGGGUUUACCUCUCUACCACCCCUGAGGCCGUGGGGCGUCAUCUAUUAAAGGGAGCUGAGUCUCGAUACACAGCUCUAGAAAAGAUGGUCUAUGGAUUGCAAGUAACUGGCAACUUUGAGAUCAAUUGCGACAAGCUGCAAGUAUACCGGGAGGCUUAUGAGAAGAUGAAAGAAGAGUUCAAGGAGGUCACGGUCAGCAAGAUUCCCAAAGCAGAAAAUGGCAGAACUGAUGAAUUAGCCAAAAUGGCCAGUUCUUUAACUACCUGGGGCACCUUGCCAAUAGACCUGGAACAGGCGCGGCUGGUCAGGAAAAGGACUCAUGCCUACACCAUGGUAGGAGAUCAACUAUACAAGCGGGCGUUCUCUAGGCCUUUACUCAAAUAUAUCAGCAUAGAAGAGGCAGAUCAGGCCUUCACCUCUGUAGCAUAUCCACAAAGUAAUGGGCAGAUCAAGGUUAUCAAUAGAGAAAUCGUACGAGGACUUAAAGUGAAGCUGGAUCAUGUCGGAGGAGAUUGGGUGGAGGAGCUGCAAAGUGUUCUCUGGACGUACCGUACGACACCUCGGGAAAGCACAGGUCUUACUUCGUUCCACCUGGUCUACGGCAGUGAAGCAGUGGUACCUGUGGAGAUCGGGGUGCCUUCAACUAGAAGAAUGCUAUAUGACAAAGAGAACGCCGAGCGACGACUGGCCGAGCUGGAUCUCAUUACUGAAACUCGCGAACAAACAGCAGCCCAGCUAUUUGUUUAUCGACAAAGGAUGAGGCAGAAUUAUGACAAGAAGGUGGUUCCUCGCUUCUUCGGAGACGAAGACCUGGUCUGGAAGCGAGUAAAACCUGUGGGAGACGUAACUAAGCUAGCACCUCAAUGGGAUGGGCCCUACAAAGUUAUUAAAAAGUUAGCAUCAGGCGCAUACUACUUGCAGGAUGACCAAGGUAGGAGUCUAGAGCGGCCCUGGAGCGCUAACUACCUUCGACCUUAUCGCACCUAG